AUGUCGGUGAACGACCUACCCCCCUCUGCGGACCCAACGAUAUCCCAUACCAAUCAGCCAUAUGCAUCUGACCUCGAAGCUCUCGACAAUCGACUAAAUCGCCUAUCAGAGGACGUAUUUCCUCUUCACCCUUACCUUCUCACUCUACCGACGAAUGCCCCAUUUCGUCUGAGCUCCCGUUCCGCAAACAAUUGGGCCGUUGGACAUGACCGACCGUUCACCUCGGACGAACAGCAGCUUCAGUAUAUGACCUUCUUGACACACGACAGCGGAGAUUCUUUGCUCUUGGCUGUUGGCGAUUGGUCGGACGAGUCUGGACGCAUGAUGGCCGAUCGUCCUAGAACCACAAGCACAACCGCUACCGAGAACUCCAGAGACGCAGUCUCCAAGAAGAAAAUCAGCCUGAAAGAUUAUAAUACCCAAAAAGUCACUAGCACCUCCGUCGCUACACCUACACCUCCACCCCGGAAAAUCACAUUCGAGAGCGCUCAGCACACGCGAACAAACGCGAAGGAGGAGCUAAAGCGCCGAAGCCGUCGCGCUCUCCACGACUUCCUGCGCUUUUAUCGCCUACCCUGCCACCUACCUCUGGUCCAAGACUCCCCCCGGUUACUGUCUCCAACCUUGCCGCCGGACAUUGAGAAGGAGCUGGCUAAGAUUGGCGGGCACUCUCCUGUCCACCAUACUUCCCCGAAACGAGAAAAUGCUGCGAUUAGGACGAAACGCAAUGAUGAGCUUCAUCAAACCAGGACCCCGACAUCGACAUCCGUGAACAGCGGCAGCAAUUCGAGUCAGCAAGGCGGAAGCGGUCGUGCGGGUACAUCAUCCAAAGACAAAGACUUGGUUGUACCAAAUCCACCAAGGCGCAUCGUUUCUCUCAAGUAUGGAAAGUCGAACCGAAAGAGGGUCGAGGCUCUUCUUAAGUUCGCCGGGAAAAAGAAAGCUUAUCCGACGAAUUCUACACCUGGUGCGGACACGGAUCCUGAUGAUGUCUCUCACUUUCACGCCGAGAGAAGGAGAGAAGGGGAUGUCAGCCAAUCGCGCAAUAGUAUCUCAUCCAAAAAGAUCAAGAGUAAAGCUAGACAUGAAGCCGACGAGACCCUCGGCUCUGGCUCUGUGGGUGGUCGACCCCGAGAUCGAGAAUCCAGGACGUCCAUCGAUAAACCUACCACGCCAGCAUUCCAUCCACCAGCUCACGACAGAACCAAACCUAACACACUGACGCCAGUCAAGGACCUCAAGGGCAUGGUGUCCCGCCAUGGUGAACCUGGCGAUGGCGAUGGCAAAACACCAAUCAAUCCGACAAACAAACGAUACUCCACCGAUCUGGGAGCAAAGGGGUCACCUUCUCAGCCAGAAAGUCGAUCUCGCGACAGCGACCGUCGAGCCUGGCGAGACGAGUUCCAAAAAUUCAGCAGUAUUGGUCGAGAAUUGAAACACGCUUCAGAGCGCUAUACAGCUAUGACUGGACCUUCAAUCGCAGACGAGAAAUUAUCCGUCGUGACCGCCAUCGAAGCAAUCUUGUCCUUUAUUCUCGCUUUCGUCGCUGAUAACCAGUGCAAGUCACUCGCGCGACAAGUCGGUGAUUCCUCGUCGUGGGUGUCUAUUCUCGCUUACUGGCGAGUCGUCCGGAAAAAGAGUAUUUCAUAUCCAGUAUUACAUGGGCUCUCCCUACUUCUCGGGGCUGUCUCUUACGACGCUAUACAUGCAUUGGAUCUUGAACGCCUUGCCGUCAGCUCAUUUCCAGGAGAACACACCCCGGCCCCUACACCUGGCGCUGGCGGCGGCGAUAGUAGUCAUCACCCUACCCCGGCUCCGUCAGACGACUACAAAAAGGCAUGGGAAAAAAUCUCCGAACUGAGAAAUCGUCUUCCGGAGUGUUAUCGGGAAUCCCAAAGGUUAUGGCUGGAAGGAUCCAGAGGUCUCUCUGAAGAUGUUCUUAGCCAAGAUUUUCCCAAUACCUGGUCACGGCGCUCUCAUAACUUUGCUGAACGAGGCAGGAUACCUCUACGAGCUGGUGAAUAUGCCGGUGACUAUUUCCUUCCUCUUGGGGGAACUACUCAGCCCAUUGAGAUUGUGCGGUUUAGUUGGUCGAUUCUUCGUGAGUGGUGUGAGCAUGAGGGUAUUGAUUGGAAUGAACGACUCGUUCUUUGA